UUUGGGGUGGGGUGGACCAGAGGAUCCGGUUUCGCCGGGGGAAGAAACCAGCAGAGGUUCGCCGCUGCCCCGCACACUCAACGCACGCGCUCCAUCACACACGCGCCCUCUGCUCUCGAGGACUCGGGGCUUUGACAUCAGUUCGUUUGUAUUGUGAUGUUGCAUCUGUGAAGAUCAAAGGCUGGAGAAACACGAAGAAGAGUUGGAAUAGAUUAGGUACAACAGAAUGACUAAAGAUGAGGAAACAUCUUGCUUGUCAUUGCAGAUAUAUCAAGUUGAAGAAGUGAAUGGCAAUUAAACAGUAUCUGGACCCCUGCUGGUAUGGAGCUCAAAUGGCUAAACCUUAUUCGAUGAGUGGGACAUCCGGGACGCUGUAGCAUGGAUCAUCCACUCCAGACAUUCUCUCAAAGGUCUAUCAUGCUACCUUCAAGAAUGGGCAAUUUUCACCAGGCAGAGAUAUGUGCAUGUCGCCUUUGAACCGUUCAGAUGGCACAUUUGACCGGACGGAGAGCUAAUAGCUCCUUGAAGAGGAGGAAGUGGCCGUAACUUGACCCAUGAAGAAGAAUGUGGGUGAGAAGCCAGACUGCAGUAAAGAAAGACUGAAUUGGGAAUAGACAGUAAUUGCUUUGUGUGUUGCCUACGUUGUAAUACAAUAAGUUCUUCCUCUUUAAUUUCAAAGACACACACUUUAACAAAGGUAUUCAGGUGCCGGAGUGGCCUUCUGGCGUAUCUUUGAGCCUGGGUUUUAAUGAGUCGCAAAGAUGCCCCAACUUUCUUGAACUACGUCAUCCUGCCCACCUUGUUGUUGAGGUUGCCGGUUGUGAUGUUUCGGAGGAGUCUGCUAGCCUGGCUCUCCCGCUUAGGCGUUUUAUUAGUGGUGGUCUGCUGUUGUCUUUCCCUCCUCUAUGUCAUCACAUGCAGCCCCCACGCCGAUGAGGUCAUGGCCGGGCAACCCCUUCCCAGGGUCGGAGGUUUGGGGAUGGCGGGUGGUCCGAGCAGACCGGGUGGAGUCGGAAGUGGCCGAGAAGGCUUCCAGGCUCUACUACAAGAGCGAGAAGAACAGCACAGACAGCACAUUGACAGUUUAAAGAAGCAAAUCGCACAACUCAAAGAAGCCUUACAAGAACGCAGCGAACAGCUUAAGGGGAUGCAGAACUCUUUGGAGAAGACAGCCGGACGAGGUGCGCGGACCGACGUGCUCGAGGACCACAGUCGCAGCGACCUGCAGGAGUUCCUGCGCAGUCAGCUGAACCGGGCCGAGGUUCACGCCGGCGUUCGGUUACCGAGCGAGUAUGCCGUCGUGCCUUUCGAGAGCUUUACCCUGCAGCGAGUAUACCAGUUGGAGAUGGGGCUGACCCGACACCCUGAGGAGAAGCCUGUGAGGAAGGACCGCAGGGAUGAACUGGGUGAGGUGGUGGAGAGCGCGCUUCACGCCCUCAAUGUGCCAAAUCAGGCAGGAGACAAAAUGAAAACGAGCAAAGUUUACACGCCAUCUGAUUUCAUAGAAGGCAUCGCACGCACAGAGAAAGACAAAGGCACGCUGUAUGAAUUGACCUUCCGCGGUGAACACAAACUGGAAUUUCGCAGGCUGGUUCUCUUCCGGCCCUUUGGCCCACUGAUGAAAGUGAAAAGUGAGCUGGUGGAGACGGCCAACAUGCCUAUUAACAUCGUUGUUCCUUUGUCUCAGAGAGCUGACAAAUUCAGACAGUUUAUGCACAACUUCAGAGAGGUUUGUGUGAAGCAGGACGGGCGCGUGCACCUUACCGUGGUUUACUUCGGAAAAGACCAAAUGAACGAAGUCAAGGGAACAUUGGAGAACACAUCGAGGGAGCUGAACUUUCGUAACUUCACACUGAUUCAGCUGAAUGAAGAGUUUUCUAGGGGUCGAGGGCUGGACGUGGGCGCUCGCGCUUGGAAGGGAGGGAACGUCCUGCUCUUCUUCUGUGAUGUGGACAUCUUCUUCACAGCCGACUUCCUGAAUACAUGCCGUCUGAAUGCCCAACCUGGAAAGAAAGUGUUUUAUCCGGUCCUCUUCAGUCAAUAUAACCCAGCUGUAAUCUACGGCGGUCACGAUCACAUUCCCCCCGUGGAACAGCAGCUGAUUAUUAAGAAAGACACUGGGUUUUGGAGGGAUUUCGGCUUUGGGAUGACCUGCCAAUACAGAUCAGACUUUAUCAAUAUAGGUGGUUUCGAUGUAGACAUUAAAGGCUGGGGUGGUGAGGACGUUCACCUGUACAGGAAAUACCUCCACAGCAAUCUGCUAGUAGUUCGUGCACCAUCGCGCGGCCUCUUCCAUCUGUGGCACGAGAAGAGAUGUGCGGACGAGUUGCCUCCAGAUCAGUACAAGAUGUGCAUGCAGUCAAAAGCAAUGAACGAAGCCUCGCACGGGCAGCUCGGCAUGCUGCUCUUCCGGCACGAGAUCGAGGCGCAUCUCCGAAAACAAAAACAGAGAAGCGGAGCCAAAAAAGCUUGAAGCUUGUUACCUCUCAUGUUGCAUUUAAAACAAGUUUUUAGCAUGUGGCUCACUCAGGCAUGUGAUCAGCCAAGGACAAAAAAGAAGGAAGGCUUUUGGAAAAUAAUACUAAAAAAAGAAAAUAAAUCAAAUAUGCAAAAUUUACACAAGUCAUCCCCACAAGGUCAACAAAUACUGAAAUCCGUAUUUAUGUGGAAAAAUCACAUCCCUGCUGGAAUAGUUUACCCUUAAACUCAACUUUUGGCAUUGUUAAGUUACUACAAUGUUCCAAACUCCAAUGUUCCAAUGUUCCAAACUCAACUCCGUAUGAGUUUGGGUUACAAGCUGUGAAUUUCCUGACUGCUGUUUGCCAUGUAAUGAACAAGUCAACUCAAAUUUCAGUUUGUUCCCGACACUAAGCUAUUGUGUGGCUUUAGAAAUAUAGUACACAAUUCAUAACCACCAUUUGAAUUGUACGUUUAUGGAACUUUUUUGAAACCAGACCUUCCCAAUCCCCAUUCACUUUCAUUAAAUCACUACCAAAUUAAAUUCAUCUUCACUGAAGAAAUUACAACAGGAUUUCUAUUUUUGGGUGAACUAUUGCUUUAAAUCAUACAGUUUUGGUAAGACCGCACAAACGCACACACAUUUGCAAACCCAAACACUGAGAUAACUAAAAGAGACGCCACAGGAAGAGAGCAACAGACAGACAGACAUUCCCUAAAGACAACAUAAGCGUGGGUGUGCAGAACAUGACCUUCAAGUCUGCAUGGUGUCUUUUAUGUGUUAUAAAAUGAUCUGCAGUAUUAUCUAGAUACAGCACAUGAUGUAGUUUUUAAUGCACUUGUGCACUUCAGAGAGAAAUCUCACAUGGUAAGCACGUUAUGCUGAUAAUUUUUCAAUAGUGCUGAAUGUACUAAAUAUAAAUGAAAUUUAGAAGAGACGUGUGAGUGUUGUAACACAUUUAGUUUCAAACAUUGUAACAUUGUUUUUUUUACAUUGUGUCUUAAAUGUUUAUUUUCGUUUUGAGUAUCUUUGAGUAAAAAUGUGCAAAAAUCUUCUAAUAUCUGUAAACUUUGUAAAUUAUUGGAGUCAUUAUGUUUACAUUUGCUACCAACACUCAUUUUUCCAAAAGUGAAAGAGACAUUUUAAUUGUAUUAUAUAUUAAAAACAGCAAACAAAUUGGAAAUAAUUAUGCAACAAAAACACAAAUUAUAGGCAAAAUAAUAUAGCAAAAUAAUGUUACUCUCAAAAUUGAAGUAAAUAUAUACACUUUCUCACUUUUAAGUGUUACAAAACUCCCUGGUCUUUUUCUACCUCAUGCUAGCACUAAAAUAGCGUACAAUCAAACUAAAAUUAUAUUUUAAUUCUCUAUUAAUGAGAUAGGAUUGCUAAGAAAUGCAUAUCAGGGGGACUUUUAUGUCUUACAUGUUUUACACUAGAACAUUCUUAAAAAAUAAAUAUUCAUUUUGGAUUUGAGUCCAAAAAUGCAAAGAAAGAAAGUAUAGAAUAGAGAAUGCUGUAUUGCUUUGUUGACAUAUAAUAGAUGGUAUUGAACUUUAGAUCAGUUAGAGAAAUACUAAGGGGCUUAAAAUGACGACGAGUGGUUCAAAGAACUACAAUUUCUUUCGUUUAGAAGUUAUUUUUUAUGUUGUAGUGCCACCUAGUGGUUAAUUACAUUAUAAUCUUGCAGGGAACUUAACAAAAUAAACUAUAAUACACCACAAGCAUUGGAUAUCAAAUUCUGAUUUUUAAUUUUUGAACAUCUCACGUAUUGUAAUGUUUUAUUUGUUUUGUAUAGCAAAGACUCUUGCAUUGCAGAGUUAAACAUGUAAUCUAUGUAUUCUAUGAGAGUUUAUUUAGACUUAUAUUUGUGCAUAAAUUAUCUCCAGAUAAUUUUAGACUUCAGAGGUUUUUGAAGUUCAGCUUGAUGUCAGAUCAAGGUGCACUUCAGGUGCAAAGCACACUGAUUUUCAUCUACGGUAGAGCAAUGUAGAAUAGUUGUAGAAUAAUGAUUAUUUAUUGGGGCACAGUGUGCCUUUAAUGUAUGACCUUUUUACUCCCUAACGUGCUAUGAUAUGUAUAUUCUUUUAAAUAAUAUCAGACUUAUUUUCUCUGAUGAUUUGUUGUAAAUUAAAAUCAUUAUGUUUUUUAUUUUUAAGACGAAACAAAAUAAAGUGAAGCAAAAGUGUGA